AUCUGUCUUAACCAGAUUGCUCUUCUGGUUAAGACAGUGCAGCAACUCGGAUCCCUGUACAGGUGGAAUUUAUCAAAAUGCAUAAAAGAGACAGGAGCACAUCAGGAGGUGCAGUGUUUUACAACUCAAUAAGUAAUGCACAAGAAAUCAGGUCUGGAUACUUGCUUAAGUCGCCUCCUCAAUUGCGUUUGAAAUCAGAGUGGAAGAGACGUUUCUUUGUGCUUUACAAAACCUCAGAGAACGACUACCUGCUCAGGUACUACAAAAGUGCAGAGGAGCAAGUCAGCCAGCUCGGAGGCAUCGACCUGACGCAAGUCUCACUGUUAUAUGCGAACCCUGAACACCACCAGAGAUGGCAGUGGGUGCAGAAGAGUUUUAAAUGCUCCCCAUCAUGUGUGGUGUACCUCAGGGCAGCAAACCGGGACUACUUUCUUAUUGGGGAGACCAGCUCGGAGGCGGACGGCUGGUUCACUGACCUGUUUGAAGCCCUGAAAAAUCGCCCUCAUAAAUUUCUCAAAUCAGAGGAAAUCAGCAACGGGCAACCAGUCAUUGAAACAAUUUCAAACCCUAUUCACCGGAGAAAGUUUUCUGCCCCAGAGAUAAAGGUGCCUUUCCUUGCAAAAAAAGAAGAAGAUCAGAAUGAUGCCAGCAAACUCUCGUUGCCGUCUUCACCGGUGAAGGCUAGGUCACUUUCGGACCCUUCCUCCAAUGCUGCAGAAGGGGGCACUGAAGAGCCGGUGGAAGACAAUUCCAGGAGACCAAUCUCUGAGCCUGUCAGUAACAUUUAUGACUAUCCCAAGUCCCGCCGAAAGAGAGAGAGUGUAAAGCGGGCAGGCAGCAUGGAGUCACUGUAUGAAUCGAUGACAGAAUUUAAAAGCAUGCUGAACGCAUCUGAGCCAAAAGAUCGUGAAGUUCAAGUGAUUGGCAACAGCACCCUGAUGAGGUCCAUCACUGACGUCUACAUCAAAUACAAGGCAGAGAAAUCUCCACCUCUGACAGCAAAUGAAGGACCUGCUGAAAAUGGAGAAGACAAACGUCAGUCUUCAGAUUUCAGCACCUGCUCCAGUGGCGCCGUUUCACCUGUUGAUGUAUUGGAGCCGAAUUCGGAAAGACGAGGCUCCAUUGAGAACAGCCUCAGGCCAGACAUGAGGGAGUUCAUGAUGAAUCUGGAUGGUUUGAAGAACGAUCUCACACUGACAGAGGUGGAAGGAAAGCUGAGUGUGUCUGGCUGGACUGGACAGCCGCAGUCCGUCUGCCUCUUCCACAAGGGAGACCGAGUCGUGGCGAUAAAUGACCUCCAAACCGACAGCGUGGAGGAUUUCUACGUGUUUAUCAGCAAGUCGAUGAAGGAUGAGGUGAAAGUGACCGUCCAGCGCCAGCGUGGAUGCCAGCCUCUGCAUUGGUCAAACUCUCCCUGCAGUGACUGAGGCACAGGCUGAUCACUACGGACAAGUUCAAUGAGUUAAAAUGAAGGAUCUCAUCUGUCAAACUCAAGGCCCGGGGGCCAAAUCCAGCCCGCCACAGCUUUUUAUGUGGCCCUCUAGACUCUAAAGUGACACAUAAUAACAGAGGGCUUAAAUA